AUGUUUCACAAUGGAAAGUGGAGGAGAGUUUCAUUAAUUUACAUACUGAGCCAUGAGAAAACCUCAGAGGAAGAGAACAAGUUAGAAAUCGCAUCUCUGGUGUGUAAGCAGCUGAACUGUGGAUCUGCUGUUGCUUCUUUGUUCGCAGAAAACCAGAAGGACGAGGACGGCGUGGCAGCAGUGUGCACAGGAUCUGAAUCUGCUCUGCAGGAAUGCAACGUUCUUUACAUGAGCCUUGGGUCCUCCACCGGCGUGGUGUGUUCAGAACUGCUGGCGAUGCCCGCUAUCUCUUUCUCCACAAACAUAAAAGUGUACAGUCAACUCCAAGGUUCAAAGGUCAUUAAAGGUCACAGUUUCACCAUCACAUGCUCCACCGAACCCCAGUUUCCUGGAGGUUAUUUCCACCUCACGGUGCCUUGGAUGGAGAGGCACCGUAUGCGGGCGGCGGCUGAUUACUCGGCCUCCUUCUUCUUUCCUGCUGCUGCCGAACUUCACCAGGGGAACUACAGCUGUGUUUAUGAGAGUCAUCUGAACAUCCCGAAAGAUGUGAUUACAGAAACCGUUAAAUGGUUUUAUGGGUCCAGUGUUCAGGUUUUCACCUCUGAGAGCCAUGUUCUCUCCAUCACAGUCACAGAAUCUCCGUUGCCUGCAGUCAUCACCAGAUCGGUGCUUGUGCCAUUUCUGUUGUUUAUAUUCUGCUUGGCCAUUUAUUUAUAUUUCAAGAGAUUAGUCAGCCGCCAGGAUGAAGCAGCGCUCCAGUCUGAGAACAUAAUGCUGGUCUGAAGCUCAGAAAACUCAGAGAUCUGUUUUGUUUUGGAAAGAAAGAGGAAGUGUAUUUCAUCAUAACCCCAAAACAAAUGUAAUUAUACAUUAUAAUCUAUUAUUCAAUAUCUUUCGUUCCUGUAUUACAUUCUGUCAUUAUAUUAAUGUCACUUUUCUUUGUGUUUUAUUUUUCUUUAGCCGUAUUACAAUAAAAAAUAUGGCAUGAAAUUAAUUAGGAAAAUAUUUCUAAAAUCAUUUUAUAUUUCAGUUAUUUAUAUACAUUACCUAA